AUGUUUCUAAAACUCAUCGACCUCACCACCGCCUUGCGGCCUGCAUACCUCCCCGAUGAAGUCCUCCUUCUCGUCCAAGACAACGUGGGGCUCUACGAGGGCAAGUUCAAGCUUCCCAACCAGCAGAAUGGCCAGGUCUACCUGACGUCACAUCGCAUCUGCUAUGUUGACAAGCAGGAGCCUCGUAAACACUCGGUCGGACUUGACCUUAAGGACAUCGAGCGCCAUGAGUUCUAUGCUGGCUUCCUCAAGUCGUCGGCCAAGGUAACGCUCAUUCCUAGGCAAGCGAAGCGAUCUUCCUUCCAGUCCAGGACAGCCACGAGCACGGCCAUUUCGAGCCCCUCGAGGAGCAAUACCGGCACUCCGUCCCAGGCCUCAGACUCUGGCUAUCGAGCUCCGCAGCCGCCUAGUGCUCCGCAGGCCACGGCGGCGACCUGGGUCUGCACGAUAUGCAGUUUCCCCAACCCUGUCCCGUCCAACUUCGAUCCCGCUACCGCGAACGUACACACACCGCUACCGCCAUGCUUGGCUUGCGGCAUCAAGCCCGCUCUCACACAUGUCCUCAAAGCUGCGAUUUCCAACGUCGCGAGCCGGCAGAUCCCGUCUCCUAGCAUAGCUUCGCCAUCGCCAUCCGUGCCUUCGUUAGUCACAACAGGAACUGCAGCAUCUUUAGCAGACACCACCGACACUGGAUCUCCACCGCCCGGUGAACUCCCACCGAGCCGAACGGCUUCGGAUGGCGUCCACUGCCCCCGCUGCACAUUCCUAAACCAUCCGUCGUUGCUGUCGUGCGAGUUGUGUGGAGCACCUUUGGUGACGGGGGAACCACAGGUUCCCAAUUCCGCACGCGAGCCGGUACGCGUCGACUCCCCGGGGCCAAUGCUGACUGUAGGGAGCAUCGCUGGCCUUGAGAAUCCGGAAAGUGUUAAGAUCUCGUUCCGAGCUGGAGGGGAGAAGGUGUUUUACGAGAAGCUCAAAGGCUCGCUUACACAACGGAAAUGGCUCCUGCACGCGGCGCCGCCCGUCCCGGGCCGCAAUGAUGAUGGGAGGUUCGGCGAUGGCCGAGCAAGAGACUCUGGCGGGUCGGUCCGAGUUCGGUCGGCAGGCAUCGCUGGUCUGGAGCAGAUGGGCCUGGACAAACGCAAGAAUACGGAGCUGACCAUCGGCAAUGCCUUCGAGGACAUUGAUGCGCUCAUGGCUUCUGCACAGGAAGUGAUCGCUCUAGCAAACUCUCUCGGUCGGCAACUUAACAGUGAUGGCUCGUCGCCAGAGGUGGCGAUGCUGGCAGAGUCGGUGAGCCAGCUCGGUCUUGUGACAACAAAGGACAUUGUUGGUGGUGGAGGGGGAUCCGGCUCCGAGUCACUUUACAUCUCCGAACUGUCAAGGAACCUCGCAGAGUUCCUGACUGACGACGCGCGGGGCGUUCUGAAGAAGGCCGGUGGCAUCGUCAGCCUCGUCGACUUGUGGGCCAUCUUCAAUAGGGCGCGUGGGGGUGUCGAGCUCGUGAGCCCGGUUGAGUUCGAGAAGGCGGCGCGCCUAUGGGAGGAUCUUAAACUGCCUGUGCGGCUGCGGACAUUCAAGAGCGGCGUCAUGGUGGUACAGAGCCGCGACCGGACCGACGAAACCACGAUCCGGUCCCUUCUCGCGUGGCUGCGCGACCUGCACGAAUUCCCACCCGACAAGGACGUGCCCUGGGACUGGCGCGAGUUUGGCCGUGGUGUCACCGCGCUCGAUGCAGCAGAGCGCUUCGGGUGGAGCAUCGGCGUUGCGGAGGAGGAGCUCGAGAUGGCCGAAGAGCGGGGGGUGCUGUGUCGUGAGGAAGGCAUCGAAGGUCUCAAGUUCUGGGAGAACUUUAUUGACACGGAGGCGCGGAGGGCCGAGAGGAAACAGGCAGAGAAGCACGGCAAGAGAAGGGACAAAGCGUUGUCCGAAAGUGAUAAACUCAUCCAGGCGCUAAACGCUUCAGGUAUAUUAUAA